AUGUCCAGGGAGCAAGGCCGAUGUAACAGUAAAGGUGCUAUGGAGUUGAAACGUUGUGGAGAAGAUCCUAGGGGCUUUAAACAUCAUGGGCUAGAAUGUCAGGGGCAUCAAAAUAUCAAGGGCGUCAAAGUCAUGGGCUUCGACUUUAGGGGCAUCAAAGUCAGGGGCAGCAACGUCAAUGUAAACAAUGGCAAGGUAUCGGGUCUAGUCCCAGUACAGGUGAUCCCUGCGGGUACAAAACUCGUCAAAGGUCCAGGUUUCCGGAGACCUAUCCUGGUCCAAGAGAUGCCUGCGGUUGCUAAGAGACGGACGCUGGAGAGUAACAGGAAGCUCAGCGCUGUGGAUGAGGUGGUGAACGAAUACCUGAACUACGCCCAACAAAGCACGGCCACGCCUUUUCACAGAAGCCAGGACGCCCCGUUUCGUUGCCCAUGCUGCGCGGAAAGAAACCGCCAAAGUCUGGACAGGAAGUCAUCUUGGCCAAUCAAAAACGAGCACGAUUCAACUGCAGAUCAGUCAACAACAAAAGUCAACCCGGAAACGAACUUUCAACCAUCUUACCAUCAUCAUCCGACUGUCAACUCUCUACCCAUCUCACCUCUGUCGUCACGAUGGUCGAGAAACACGGUCGUACCUUACCCUUGGACUUUCCCCGACCCGGAAAUGAAGCGACCAUUUUAUCAGCAGACAGUUCUAGAACCGUUCUCCCGUAAAGCCGCAGCACAGAGGGCCUACAUUAGCAGGCGGGUGGCGGAGGCUGACUGUAAAUACGACAGCAGCAUGCACAGGCUUCGUGAUCAAAUCCGGCAUCAUUUCGUUUUGCCGGAAAAUGCCGUGUACUUGGGCCUGGAUAGAAAGUUAUCUAUAAAAAGCGACUUAAGCUAAAGGUAAAAUGAAGAAUUUCAAAUUGACAAUUUAAAUUGACUUCUUCAACACCAAACAAGCCAUGAUAUGACUUUAAAGUCGUCGAUCACAAGAGAUUAAUUACAGUCACAAUGGAGAAGAUGCAAUACGAAUUUUUAACAAUUUGAAGCAGAUAUGGCUUUGACACUAGUGUUUGAUACGAUGAUACUGAUAUUUAAUAUUUUGAC